AUGGGUUUCAAUACAAAGGACAUUCUGCUUCAUUUGUCCAAAGUUUUUCAUAUUUCAAUUGUAAGAAGCUAUACUUUUAUGAAAAAGUAUCCAAAGGUUUCAUGUGCUUUGUUAGUCUUCUUAAUUGUGUAUAUAUUUCUUUCUUGUAUAUACAAUUUGUUGGUUUUCUUGUCUCCAUUUCUUGUGUUCAUUGCAAUUUUGGUUAAAAUCUUUUGGAGCUCCGAGCAAACAAAUGUUAACGGUGUUGAGAAAAAAGGAGAUAAAAAAAAGGUUGAAGUGAAACUACCCGAGGUUCCCAAGAAUGAGAGACGUGGAAUGCUUUAUAAGUAUCCAUCACAAAAUGCAACAAGUAGAAGAAGAAAUUUCACGGGGAAGAAAUUGGAUGUGUAUGGUGAUUUAGAACAAAAAGCUAAGAAUUUAUCAGCAGCAUUUCGAAAUGAGUUCACUAAGAAGAACACGGAGAUUAUAUCAGGAUUUAGAGUUUUCGAGAAAGAGAUUGAGCCUUAUGAUUUUAAGUUAUCGUCAAGAAAAUGUGAGGAUCCUAAAAAACAAUCAUUUUGUGAGCCUUCAAAGGCUGAAGUUGUAACUUGUGGUUCAAGUUAUUAUGAUGGUCAAGAGAAAAAGAUAGAAAAAAUGGAAGAUGAGAAAAAGGCAAUAGAGGAUAAUAUUAUUAGUAAUAAAGUUAUAGAAUUGAAAGAGGAUGGUCAACAAAAGCUAAUGGAUCUUGGGAUUUGUGAGAUAGAAAGUAACAAAAGGUUGGAGAGUCUUAUAGCUAGAAGAAGGGCAAGAAAACAAUUGACUUUGGAGAUUGAGAAUGAUUUAAUUGAAACAGAAUCAAUUACACCAAGCCAAAUUGCACCAUUGCUUAUUGCAGCAAGAAUGAACCCUUUUGAUUUUGAUUCUCCAAGAGCUUAUGAUGGCAUAGAAAUGCCUGGUUCUGCUCCAUCUGCUUUGAGAAGUCCAUUUGAUAUCCCUUAUGAACCUUUUGAGGAGAAACCAAAUCUCAAAGGAGAUGGUUUUGUUCAAGAGUUCAUAGGUGACAUGCCAUUAGAACCUAAACAAGACCUUGAAGUUAGAGAUCAAAGGAUACCAAAUUCAAGACUUAGCAGGCUUUCAGGUUUGGGAAGUCAUGAUAGUCUUGAAAAAUUAAACUCGAAAGAAGGGAGUGAAAGUGAACUACAAGCUCCAAAUCCAACAAAUGAAGGAGAGGAAACCAUACAAGAAGAGGAAGGGCAAUGUAAAGUUGAUAUGUUUGGCAUGAAAAUUGAGGAAGGAGACGACGGUGAUCCAAAAAAUUCCAUGUCAUAUCAUGAAAGCGAACCAAACUUAAUUCCAUCGAUAAUAAAUAUUGAAAGAGUUUCAACCUUACCUCCUAAGCCUCAAGAGUCUAUCCAUGAUUUUCCAAUAUCUAGUGCUAAUGUUACUAAUUUAAAUGAUUCAUUGUAUGAGUCUCUUUCAAUUCCUAUUGAUAAGAGUAAGGAACACAUGUUCUUUGCAAAUAGACUAAUUCGUCAUACACCGUCGAUAUCCUUAGCUUCUGAUUUACACGUUGAGUUUUCUGAAAUUGGUUCACCAACAUUGACAAUUGAUGAUAAUCAUGAAGAUUUGUGGGAAGCGCAUGAAGUUAGUGAUCAUGAUGAUAUUUUUGAGGAAAACACUGAUGUAGAAAAUGUAGAUGAUGUGAAUUUUUUGCCAUCAGAAUCUGAUAUACAUGUUGAUACUCCAAAUUAUGAAAUGAGUAGUGAUCAUAACAUGUUUGGUAAUGUGAGACAAACCGGUACAUCCCAAUAUUCUUCGGAUGUGUCAGCACGUUGGAAGCGGUUAAUAAGGUUGAUGGAUACUCGUGUUGAUCAUUUACCACAAGAAACUCUUUCAGAAAAUCUCGAGGUUAGUCAUUUUGGUAAUACUAUAGCCGUUAGGAACGAAUGUAACCAGACAGAGAAUUUAAUAAACACGGACCAAGUUAUGAAUGAAGUGAACAACUCAGCAGCCACUGAGCAAGACAACACAACAGACAUAGGGAGUAAUGAAGUGCCACAAUCAUCACAAGUUCAUCAUCAUCGACAACAAACGGUUGAUGAAGUAUCGACUAUCACAAGUUCAUCAUCAUCUUCGUCAUCACCAAGGUCUGUAUUGCAUUCACCACGUAAGACAUCUGCAGGCCAAGAGAUGCCCCAAGUUGUUCAACAAUCAGAUGUGGAGAAUGUGGCUCAAGAAACAGUAAAUGUCGAAGGCCCAGUUGAAUCCAUGUCUCAAAAUAUUCAGCCUUCCAUGGUUGAUCCAAAUGUUGAAUCACAUAAUGGUGACUUGAUUCAUUCUCAGGAUGUAACUUAUCCCUUGGAGAACUCCAUUCAAGAAUCAAAUAUGUCUAGCAACAUGAAUGAAGCAGAAGUUAGAAAUCAAGAAGAUCAAAAUAUAAAGAAUGAUGAGAACAAUGAAGACAAUUCUACUCUUCAAAGUAGACAGGAUGCUUCAUCAGAACCACAUAAUGAUCGAAAUGUUGAAUCACAUAAUGAUGACUUGAUUCAUUCUCAGGAUGACACUUCUCCAUUGGAGAACUCCAUUCAAGAAUCAAAUAUGUCCAGCAACGUGAAUGAUGCAGAAGUUUGUAAUCAAGAAGACCAAAAUUUAAAGAAUGACGAGAACAAUGAAGACAAUUCUACUCCUCAAAUUAGACAGGAACAUGAUGCUUCAUCAGAACCAAAUAGACUAGCAGAGGUGCCAAUGAUUUCUCCAAUGCUAGAAUCAUCCUCAGAAAUUCACAUAGAGAAUAAUGAAGGAGAAUCAUUGAUACAAGAAGCUAGCACACAACCUUUUAUCAAUGCUGAUGUAGUAGACACAAGUUCUGCUAAUGAUUUUGAAGGAAAAAUUCACAAUGACUUGAAUGAAAAUGAAGCCAAAAUUCAUAGCUCAGAAGAAGAGAAAUUGCAAACUGAGUCAAAGCAGGUAGUAGACACAAGUUUUGCUAAUGAUUUUGAAGGAAAAAACCACAAUGACUUGAAUGAAAAUGAAGCCAAAAUUCAUAGCUUGGAAGAAGAGAACUAUUUGCAAAGUGAGUCAAAGCAGGUGGUAGAAACAAGUCCUGCUUAUGAUUUUGAAGGGAAAAACCACAAUGACUUGAAUGAAAAUGAAGCCAAAAUUCAUAGCUCAGAAGAAGAGAACUGUUUCCAAAAUGAGUCAAAGCAGGUCGUAGAAGAUCAUAUAGAAAAAGAGUCGGAAGACAAAGGUAACAUCGUCUCUAAAGACUCUCCACUACCAAUGGUCACUGAAGUAUCCAUUAAUGAAGAUGACAGAUUAGGAGAAUCUGAUGAGAUGAACAAGAAUGAAGUCACUGAUAAGGUUAGCCAAAUAGCACACACGAAUGAUCAUCCUUAA